GUUCAAAUAGCAUUAUUUAAAACUAAAAAAAAAUUCGGUAUAACUAUGAGCUUAGAUCAGAGUGUUGCUGAAAAAGUUUCAACAGAUAGUGUUAAAAGAUCCCUUACCGGCAGUAAACUAGAACAACAGUCACAAGAAAUAAGCUAUGCUUCUCGCAGCAGUAGUGUUCCAGUUUCAUUACGAGAACAGCAAAGCGGCGAAGGUAUCGAUGAAGACGCACCAGAAGAACCCUUAUUGUCUUACAUCCAGAUGCUGGAUGCUCCAAGAGAACUCGGGGAGCCCAUCGACAUAACCAUAGAUUAUUUGAAGCAAAUAUCCGACGAAUUGGGGCUGAUUAAGUUGUGCUGGCCAGAUUUAUCUAAUGUUACUUUCGAGGAUCGCUCCAAUUUUCCCGAAAGUUAUCUGAAAAACUCGAAUAAGGAAAAACUAUUGCUUUUGUAUGCUGAGAACUUUCGGAGGCAGUUUUGUUACAAGUAUCCUGACAGGAAACCAUUGUUUUUGGCUUGCGAUAAUGAAUGUGGAAUGCAGAAAAUGGUUUGUACAACAAUUCGUCCGACCACUCUAUCGUAUUCCGAAAUUUGCACUUGGGAAAAAAGUGCCCGAUUCGUGGCUGAUCAUUUAAAAUAUGAACCUCUCGAAGAACCUGUGCUAAUUCCUAGACAUCUGUAUUCGCCCCAUACAACUUUUCUGCGUCAAUCUGGACACUCUUUUGAAAUUGCUACUGCCCUAUGUUCCAUUCUAAUAGGAAUAGGAUAUGAUGCCUAUGUGGUUUCGGGGUACGCAAUCAAAGAUGUGACCCUCAGAAUCAUGUCCCGAGUGGCGUGUCCGAUAGAACCUACAAAGGAAGAAGAAGUAAAAAAAGAAGUUGAAGAAAUAAGUCCAAAAUAUAAAAUUACUCCACCGACCGAUAUGAAAAGUAAAUUUUUACAUAUGAUGAAGCAGCGAGAGUUGGAUAAAAUCGAAGAAGAAAAAGAAAAAGAGGCAAUGACUGAAAGACAACGAAUAAUGGAAGAAGAAAAACGUCCAUUUGACGAGCUUGAAGGCCAAAGGGUCCACGCCUGGAUUUUUCUUGCAGCGGGAUCCAAAAACGUCACAGAAAAUAUGUUUAUUGAAUCCAGCACUGGCAUGCCGCAUCCUCUGGAUACUGAUUUGUAUAGUGGCAUUGAGAGUGUUUGGAACAGUGAAAACUACUGGGUGAAUCUUCAAGACUGUUCCCAUGGAUUAGCAGCGCUGAGCUACGAUUUAAAAGACAUUGAAAAGUGGGAACAUUUAUUGGUAGGCGAACCAUUAAAAUGGCGAGUACAUAAAGUCGCGGAAAUCGGUGACGAAGAAGAGCCCGAGGAGUUUUGGGAUGAAAAGCACUUGGAUAUGCCGUAUCCAUGGUCGAUGAAGAUAUCUAUACCUCAUGAUGUCUUGAAAAAGCGUUUUCCUGAUGGUUCUAAAGUAACCCAAUUCAAACGAACAAUAGUAGAAGAAUAUGCCCCUUUUGUGUGUAUGGACGGUUUGGUUCAAAAAAUCACCAGAUAUACGGAUUUCGCUUGCACCGUUCUAGAAACUAUUGAGGAAAAAUUCGAAAAUCGCCACGACAAACUAAUUCGAAGUACUUUGGAUGCAAAGACUAAUUUGGAAAGCGAAUAUUUUGCUAAUGGAAGGGAGGACAGUGUCAUUAAGCACAUUUAUUAUAAACAUUUGGAUAAUGUUGAUGCGGAAAGGACAAUUUUUUUCAAUAGUAAGGCGCGUUUUGAUGGCCUGGCAAAAAUUGAAAUUCUAGGGGAAAUCCGUACCGAGCAUUAUAUUGACAGGGAUGAUAAGCUUUAUUAUAGACAAGUUGUCUAUGAUAAACAAAAGAGGGGACAAGAUGAUGAACAAAAAAGUCGUAGACCAAUAAGCAAAAUUAUUCAAAAAUUCUUAAGAAACGAAGACAAAUCUCCCUUUCAAGAUAUAAGCAUAAGAGAAUUCAAUAUUAAAGCCAGAGAAAUACACCUUAAAUAUCAUUACGGCAAAGAUAACGUUACUGCUUCAACUAGAAUUUUCAUUAAACCCCCAAUAUCAGAAAUGGGACCAGACAUGGUAUUUAGGCCAGAACUAACCUACGGAUAUCAAGCCGAAAUCGGUGCCAAGCCACCUAGACAACUUCAACUAUUCCUUCUCUUGGAGCAGCAACUUAAAGACGAAAAAGUAGUCCUCGAUUCAAUAAGAGAUUUUGAAAAUCAAAUGUCAGAGUUCUUGUUACUCCGUGCCCACGAAAUGGCCUUUUCAAAUCUAGAAGUGUCCGUUUAUAAUAGAGAACAAAAUCAGGAAAACAGAUUGGGAAUGUUGGAACAAGAGGAAAAACAACGAAUGUACAAAGAAAAAGAAGUUGAAGAGGGCAUUGACUAUUUGGCGCCGUAUUUGGCUCGAUUAGGCAAUCCUAAUAGUCUCACUUUUGAGGAAGCAUUGAUCGUUAAAUAUGCUUGUAUGGAUGAAUUUAAGGAGUUGUUGUUGAAUCGGGCCAAUGAUGUGCAACAUCAGUUUCAAAGGAUGUCUUCAAGAAUUGAAAUGAUGCAGACCUGGUACACACAAAAUCAUGAGACUCUCUCACCAGAAGAAGAAGCCAACUAUUUCCAGGAAGUUAAUGAAUUGCUGUUUUAUUUGAGAACGUUGGAAAUGCGACUUUCCAGGCAUAAGGAUUUGUCAGUUUCAAAAUACCAAGCCAUGGUCCAAUAUCUGGAAAAGCAUCCCAUGCUGAUGGACCCUCUUGAAUCUGGAAUGUCAUAAUUUUACAUUUUUAUCUGAAAUAUGUAGUCAAAUUGGCUAUUAUUCAAUUUAAAUAAUACAUAAUAUUCUUUUACAUUUAUUAUAUAUUUGUAAACAUUUAUAUUGCCACCUAUAAUGUUAAAAUCACAUAAUGGAAUGUUAAUUUUUUUUUUUUGGAAAAUUAAAGCUGUUUAAGAAUUUAAGAAUUUUUUUAAUUUGGACUUAAUCUAGAGAUUUGUAGUCUCCUAUGCUAAUUUUUACAGGAUUAAUCACAUUAUCAUCAGUCUAGGGAACAUAACAUAUAAACUGAGUGUCAAAAUUUACAUUUUUGAGACACACAGUACCUAUAGGAAAGUAGGUAAAUACACCCAAUGGAUAACGUUUCUGACAACAAUAAUCAGUUUAGGGAGGGAUUUUGCAGUUUCUAAGCUUGUCAUUGGAUAUGACUAUGAGAUACUUGAAUGGUCCUUCAGGAUUGAGUAUUGCCUACAAGUUACGUUCCGGGGUCAUUCUAAAGGUUUCUUUGGAAUACCCACUAUCUGUACUCUCAACUUCCUCUAAAAAAUAACUGCCACUGUAGAAAUUUCAGAAUGAGAGAUUCCCAAUGUCAUUUUGUAACUAGAUGCAAAAGGUGAAACAUUUCGGAACUGCAAAUUACUAAAUAAGUAUGAUAUUGUUUCAAGAAGUGUCUUAAUAGCUAAACGACCAAGAACCCAUUUGUCCAAUACAAUGUCCCUCGUCAUCAAAAGUAGCUAGCGUGAGUUUGUUCAGUUUGUUACUGAGUGCUGCAUAGUUUGAUGAAUAUGGAUUAUUCCCGACAUUUGCAUUGUGAUU